AUGGAGACUGUGGACGUGACAGUCAUCGGAGCGGGAUGGAGUGGCCUCGCGGCCCUCAAGACCUACCAGCAGGUUGACCCCUCUGCCUCGAUUGUUCUGUUCGAGAGCGCGGCCUCGGUCGGCGGCGUCUGGGCCAAGCACCGCCUGUAUGCCGGCCUCAAAUCCAACAACAUGCUGGGCACCUACGAGUUCAGCGACUUCCCCAUGGACGCCUCGUUCGGCGUUCAGCCCGGCCAGCAUAUCCCGGGCACGGUGAUCCAGACGUACAUGGAGCGCUUUGUCGAGCACUUCCAGCUCGCGCCGUUCAUCCGCCUGAACACGCGCGUGCGCAUCGCGGAACAUAACUCCGACGGAACCUGGACUCUAACCAUCGACGACGCCAACGGCGAGAGGACCGUCGUGAGCAAAAAGCUCAUCGUCUGCACCGGCAUCACCUCCCAGCCCUACCUGCCCACCCUCUCGGGCCAGGACACCUUUGAUGCGCCUCUCUUCCACUGUCGCGACCUGCCCCAGCACCAAGACGCCCUGCUGCAACCCAACAAGCGCAUCACCGUCUUCGGCGGCACCAAGUCCGCCUGGGAUGCCGUCUAUGCCGCCGCCACCGCCGGCGCCCACGUCGACUGGAUCAUCCGCGACAACGGUCACGGCCCCGUCUGGAUGGCGCCCGCCUACGUGACGCCGCUGAAAAAAUGGCUCGAGAAGCUGGUCACCACACGGCUCCUCACCUGGUUCAGCCCGUGUAUCUGGGGCGACGCCGACGGGUGCAGCCCGAUCCGCAACUUCCUGCACGGCACCUGGCUGGGCCGCAAGAUCGUCGACACCUUCUGGGCCAUCCUGGGCAACGACCUGAAGCCCUGGGUCAGCCCGUUCUGGGUCGCCUCGGGGCUCAGUAUCCUCAACUACCCGACCAACUUCUUCGACCUCGUCACCGAAGGCAAAGUCCGCAUCCACAUCGACCACAUCACCCAUCUCACAGCCCAGACCGUCCACCUGGCCUCCGCGGGCCCCAUCCCCUCCGACACCCUCAUCUGCGCCACGGGCUGGCAAGCCACCCCCAACAUCGACUUCCGGCCCUCGCACCUGCCCCAAACCCUCGGCUUCCCCUGGGCCGAAGACCCCAUCCCGCAAUCCGUCAUCCAGCAAGCCGACGCAGAAAUCCUCACCCGCUUCCCGCGACUCGCCAUCCCACCCCCAAAACCACACAACUACACCCCGCUCGCCCCCGACGCCCCCGCAACAGCAAAACACCCCUUCCGCCUCGCCCGCUUCAUGGUGCCCCCGGCCCUGGCCCCCGCCCGAUCAAUCGCCUUCAUGGGCCUCGCCAUGACCAUCAACACCACCAUGCUGGCCCAGGCGCAAGCCUCUGGAUCGCGGCCUACUUCACCGACAACCUCACCCCAACCCCGCGGGAACAAUGCCCCGCCCUUCGGGGUGCAUCGCUACCGCGGCGGGUUCGGGAAACGCAACCCGGAUUUUGUGUUCGAUGCCGUGCCGUAUGUGGAUUUGUUGCUCCGGGAUCUUGGCCUGGAUUACACCCGGAAGGAGGGCGGGUUGAAGUGGUUGGUACCGUACGGGGUGGAGGAUUAUCGGGGGUUGGUGGAGGAGUGGGUUGGCGCUCGGGAUGCGGUUGGGAAGAAGGAUAAUUGA